AUGUACGGACGCGCUCAACCGUUGACCACGGGCGACCAGAUCGCCUCCGUCCCCGACUGCGGCGACAGUGGUGAGCCCUUGGAUAAUCGUCUCGUUCGAUACGGAGCUAACUCUCUCGAAGAUGGUGGUGGAGUAGGCGGCAUGAUCGAGGAUCUCAACCCUGAUGCCGUUUAUGCUUCCACCGGUGAUGGUUCGGACUUGGUUGUUCAGCGCAGCGAUGGUUCAAGCCAGCUCACGCUUUCAUUCCGUGGCCAGGUUUAUCUUUUCGACGCAGUCUCUCCUGAGAAGGUUCAAGCAGUAUUGUUGUUGUUGGGUGGUUGCGAAUUAUCUUCUGGUCAGCAAAGCGUGGAUUUGGUAAAUCAGAAUCAAAGGAAUGCUGUGGACUUCCCUGGACGCAGUAGUCAACCUCAGAGGGCAGCCUCGUUAAAUCGGUUUCGACAGAAAAGGAAGGAGCGAUGUUAUGACAAAAAAGUUAGAUACAGUGUCCGUCAGGAGGUUGCUCUAAGGAUGCAACGCAACAAAGGACAAUUUACUUCUUCCAAGAAGCCUGAUGGUUCGUAUAGCCACGGUAGUGUCUCAGAGUUAGGUCAACAUGAAAGUCCACCAGAAACUUCAUGCACAAAUUGUGGCAUAAGUUCAAUGGCAACCCCAAUGAUGCGGCGAGGACCGUCUGGGCCUAGAUCACUUUGCAAUGCUUGCGGACUCUUUUGGGCAAACAGGGGAACUUUAAGGGAUCUUUCAAAGAGAAGUCAGGACCAUACGGUGACUCCGGCUGAGCAGUGUGAAAGUGAUGGUGCCAAGGACUUAGAGUGCAAACAUGGUAACCAUGCGCCCAGCAAUAUCGUAUCUUUCUCAAACGGUGAUAACUCUGCUUUAAUGGCUGAGCAUUAGAAUUACGCUUGUCAAUACAGAUAAAAAAAAGGCCAUUGUGGCUGUUUCUGGCUUCAUUCAAUCAGGCCCUCGUUUUGGUAAUUUUACAACGUGGGUUGUAGAAGAAUGUACAGAUAUAGCAUUUGCCUUCUAUUAAAUACGAGAGAGAUCAUCUCCUCAUUAUGUCACCUUGAAUACCCACCCCAUUGUACUAACUGCUUUUUUUUUACCCCCUUAAAAUUAUGUCAUUGUCCUCAUGUGAGUGCGGGUUUGAACCUCUGAUCUCUAAAAGAAAAAUAUAUGUCAAUUUUCACUGAGUAACUUUCA